AAGGCGACCACCAGCACUUGCUCUCUUCUUCAACAGGCGGACUGCAAAAGAUCUUACAAGUUAUAUACCCAUCGGCGACGAGUUAUCUCUGCGAAGAACCAACCUCCCUAAUCCCUAUAGACCUCAUUUGUUUUGGUUGCUUUAUAGGUGUAAAAUCUCUGCGACGAUGUUACCACAACGGAUGAAGAAGGGUAUCAUGGAUAACCCGAAGAAACUUGCAACCUUGAUUGAUCUUGUUAACUUGCCUUCGACACUUAGGGAAUUUGUUGGACAAUCUCAAAGUUCUAGAUUAGGUUGUUUUCGGCGUGUUUGGUCCUACAUAAAAGACAACAAUCUCCAGGAUCCAAAGAACAAGAACAUAGUCCAUUGUGAUGAAAAACUGAAGAGUAUUCUAUUGGGAAAAACUCAGGUGGAGCUAGAGGAACUUCCUAUGUUGAUCAAGCUGCAUUUUCCUAAGAACCAAAAGUGAUUAAUGUACUAAAGAUGAUUAAAAAAAUAGUACUAUUAAAAUAAUAGUAACCAAGUUUUAUAGUAUAUGUUUACCCCAAAACUUUUUUUAAGAAAUUUUGCUACUAAAGUUUCCUUUCUGCUCAA